CGCUAGGACCCGGAACAUCAUCAGGCAGGUGACCAGCCUCCAUAGUAGGAAUACCAUAAUUUUGGACAUCUGUGCGACUUGGACUUGAACUCUAAGUAGUAGCGCCCUCUCGUUUCGUGAUGCGGGUAGAAAAGUCGCCAACGUGUGCUUGCCAUCUGUUGUUCUUCGCCUACUCAUUCCAAACAUUAUUGUUGUCACUUCUGAGUAUCCCGUCAUCGGAUGUGGCAUGCAUACCCGGCCAGGGGGCCAAAUGCAACGCAACUCAACGCCCCAUGUCGAAGGUCGCUGAUACCUCGCCUGUUGAAGAUGCGAAUAGCAGGGGAGUUCUCAAUGUAUUUCUUGCACACCAAGCACAUGCGGGCAUGCAAUUACUUUUUGUCAGGAAGGAGUACGUCGGAGUUACCAGCUGAGCUCUUACAGGAUGAUGGAAGCAUGACAAGCCAAGUUAGCAAAUAACCCGGUGACGCCCGUGCACUUUUACAGGGCUGGGAAAUGCUUCAAUGGACGAGGUUCUCAGGCGAAAGGAAACCACAAGCACAAAUUUGGGGCUCUCGAUUCCCCUGCUGCCAUUCACAUCAAUAUACCUGCUAGCUUGCCAACAGUGAAACUGUGCCAACACCAGACUCGGCAUUGUUGAAAGAGGGCUGGUGAUGACUGAUUGGGUGUUGAUGCA